GGCAAGACAAGGCAGGGAAAGGCAGGCGGGGUGCUGGGGGGAUGGAGGAGGCCAGGCGAGCUUGGGGCUCCCAGGGCUCGCGGGGAGCUGCGGCACAGCCGCUCUGCUGCGCCAGGCAGCCAGCAGAGGGAUCGCAAGUUUGCGUGCAGCGGGUGGAGGCAGCCUUUGCUUUCUUUCUUUCUGUCUGUCUUUUUUUUUUUUUUUUCUUGGAGGAAAUACUGCAGCCUCUGGCCUGCUUCUCGCUCCCUGGAGAGGCUCUGGGUUCCACCCACUGCUGGAAGGAGGGGAGUGAAUGGAAGGACAGGACAAGCCCCGAACACCAUGUCACUCUGGGAGGGAGACAGCAGCAACUAAGCUGUGCGAGGUUUGCUUUCUUUUCUUUUCUUUUUUUUUCUCUUUUAUUUUUCGUUUAUGUUUUUCCUUUUUCCUUUAUUUUCCUUUGCCUUCUUUCUUUUGGUUUCCCUUCCUUUCUUUUCAUUCCCUCCUUUUUCUUUAAGGUGGGAAGGAGACACAACACAAGACAGGAAGCUGAUUUGCAAAGAAUCCCAGUUGUGUUAAAAGGGACUUGGGCUUUUUUUUCCCUCUCCCCCUUUUUCAAACGCUGGCAAACUGACAUCUCUACAAACGUCUGUCUAGAAGGAAACUGCUUCACCCCAGUGGACCGGGCAGCAGCCGGAGAAAGCUGGUGACCCGGUGUUUCCUACGGAGCUCACCGCGCGUCCUUUCUCUCCGUUUUCUUUUGCGGUGCGUUUUUGUUUGGUUUGUUUCUUCACAUUUUUCUGUGUUGGAAGUAGACUCAUCAGUCACUCGGACUGGGACUGUCAGGAGUAGUGGAUUAAGAGGAAGCUCGGCCUGGGGCGCUCGACCCCCUCCAGUUCCCUGCCUCGGAGAUCAGAGAUUCCAGCUUCAUGGGCAAACGCCUGGACCAGCCACAAAUGUACCCCCAGUGCACCUACUACUACCCUCAUUAUCUCCAAACCAAGCAGUCCUAUGCACCAGCUCCCCAUCCCAUGGCUCCUCCCAGCCCCAGCACAAACAGCAGCAGCAACAACAGCAGCAGCAACAGCAGCGGGGAACAGUUGAGUAAAACCAACCUGUACAUCCGAGGCCUUCCGCCAGGGACCACUGACCAGGACCUCAUCAAGCUGUGCCAGCCGUAUGGAAAAAUUGUAUCCACAAAGGCAAUUCUUGACAAAAACACAAAUCAAUGCAAAGGUUAUGGAUUCGUAGAUUUUGACAGUCCUGCAGCUGCCCAGAAAGCUGUAGCAUCCCUCAAGGCAAAUGGUGUGCAAGCUCAGAUGGCCAAGCAACAAGAGCAAGACCCAACAAAUCUCUACAUCUCAAACCUCCCCAUUUCUAUGGAUGAGCAGGAACUUGAGAAUAUGCUGAAACCCUUCGGACAUGUCAUUUCCACAAGAAUCCUUAGAGAUGCUAAUGGGGUCAGCAGAGGCGUUGGUUUUGCCAGAAUGGAGUCCACUGAAAAAUGUGAAGUGAUAAUUCAACAUUUUAAUGGAAAAUACCUGAAAACACCACCAGGCAUCCCAGCCCCCAGUGAGCCUUUACUGUGCAAAUUCGCUGAUGGAGGACAAAAGAAACGACAGAAUCAAAGUAAAUACACCCAGAAUGGAAGGCCAUGGCCCAGAGAAGGGGAGGCUGGCAUGGCUCUGACCUAUGACCCCACAGCUGCCAUACAGAAUGGAUUUUAUUCUUCACCUUACAGUAUUGCAACCAACCGCAUGAUUCCACAGACAUCUAUCACGCCAUUCAUUGCCGCUUCCCCAGUCUCCACAUACCAGGUCCAGAGUACUUCAUGGAUGCCUCAUCCGCCAUACGUUAUGCAACCAACAGGUGCUGUGAUCACACCUACCAUGGACCAUCCUAUGUCAGUGCAGCCAGCGAGCAUGAUGGGUCCCCUGACUCAGCAGAUGAAUCAGCUUUCACUGGGCACGACAGGAACGAUUCAGUCCCAAGACAGGAUUAUGAUACUCCACCAGCUGUUGUGUCAGUAUAUGACUGCUGCUGCUCCUAUGCAAGGGACCUAUAUUCCCCAGUACACGCCUGUGCCUCCGACAGCUGUUUCUAUUGAAGGUGUUGUUGCUGAUACCUCUCCCCAGACAGUGGCACCUUCGUCCCAGGACACCAGUGGUCAGCAGCAACAAAUAACAGUGGAUGCCCCCAACGAGCAUGCGCCUGCAUAUUCCUACCAACAGUCUAAACCAUAAAAGAAAACUGAAGAAUGCCCAUCGGAAACUGCCUUGAAUGAAGAAAUUUCAUUGAAGAAGAAGUUAAUUGGCUUCCAAUUUGCACAGGCAUCAAUGGAAGGCUUUUUCUUUUUUCUUUUUUUAACUUUAUACUUUACUCAAUGGAAACAAAGUUUUUAUGUGCUAUGUAAAUGGUUACUUCAUGUGGUCUGACAGCUACUUCUUUUUUGCCAUCAUUUCUUUUUUCUAAUUAAAACAAUUCCCAGAAGAGGGGAAAAAAAUGGAAAAAUCAGAGGUUGACCUAUUACCUGGAAGAACAUUUGAAUUCAGAAUUUACCUGAAGGUGUAGAUAAAAGUUUCUUUUAAAAUAGAGGACUCAAAAUCAAGAGGUGGAUACACAGAAAUGAAAACUGUCUUCCUCAGAAAUGAAGCUACUCUUUCUUUUUCCCUUCUGUUUAGACUGAGUUGGAUUGUUUUUAUUUUAGUUUUUUUCUUAGAAAUAUUUAGGUAAGGUUUAUCUUGAAUCUUAAUUGCCUUAAUUUUAAGGACGUCAGAGGCUCUCGAGGCAAGCUGUCAACGUCUUGUUGAAAAAUCAAGAAAGAGUUAAAUUACUGUGCCAGUUUUAAUUGGUACAGAACUUUAAUACUAUGAGUUUUUAGAGUGAAAAAAUAACUGUACAGUUUGAAAGAAAAUGUUUUUCUUCAUUUGAAGAAAAUUUGUUGAUAAAAAGAAACUGUGUCAACUUCAAAAAUUAGGAAAUACUGGAACUUCUCCUGAACUUUGUCUAAAGUGUUGACACACAUUUAGAAGGCUAAAUGUCUUAUGGUAAAGUUAUUCACAUUGGUUUAAAAACAACUGCAUUAGAACUAAUGCGUAUUUGGGGGGCAGAAUGAAGAUUUUUUUAUUUACAAAGUGUGAUUGCUAGCAAAAGCAUUAGUGCUUUUUAUCUGCAGUCUUUUUUAUGAGCUUUACAAAGUUUCUAGUCGGCUUUGCUUGUCACAUUGCAAAACUUAGCUUAAGAACAUUAAAAAAAUUAAGUAGAUAGGAGCUUAGUGGUCAAAAAGUGCAAAAAAAAAACCCACAAAAAAAGCAAUAGAUAGAGAAAUUGUUGGCAAUUUCUGUAGUCUUUCCUAGUUGUGAACAAAUUCAGCCUAUGGAUGGCCUAUUUUAUACCAAAGACGGAGUGAUGCCCAAUUCAGUCCAGAAGAUAGAGGUUGUUCUUCUUUUCUCUUUUGCUUUUUUUAAAAAAAAUUAUUUUACCUACAUGGCCAAUAAUUUUUACUUUGUUUAAACUACCUUCCACUGGUGUUGUACAUAUUCCAAAAGAAUUUUUUUUAAUAUUCAAUGUGUAUUUGUCAGUAGUAUAAUCUUCCAUCUGCAACAGCUGGGCAGUCCCAGCACAAAGAGUCAGGAUGUCACUGGACAGAACCAGGGUGGCUCUCCAUUUUGUGAGGUUCUCUGGCUCCAUGCCAGUUCCCUCUACUCUUGCAACCUGUGUAGAUGGCCACCAAUAAGCCAAGACAAUUAUACAACAGGUUGAAUUUUCAUGAUAGGCAUUUUAAAUGGAACAUGGUCUUAAAGGUCACAGAAGGGUUGUUUGUGAGAAAAGCUUAGUGGCUCUGUGGGAAACAGAAAGUCAUCUCCUGAGAAGGUCUCACUGACUUAGUAGCAAGUCUUCCUCCUGAAUUCAACACGUUGGUUUUGUUUCUUCAACUCAGUCACUGUCAUCAUCCACCAAUAAUUGCCUCCUUGGUUCUGAAGCUGGAGACAGGCACUUUCUUUCUGCCUCUUGGCAUGGUAUUCUCAUAUCUAGGUAUUUCCUAAAGAUUGACAACCCAGACCUUUCAUUUACUUGUCUGAGGCAUAUAGAAACACUAAGAUGGAAGAUUCUAUAGAUGGAACAUAGGGAAACUUUUAAAAUGCUAGAUGACAAUCAGAAAUCAUAUGAUUAAUAUUAAUGGGAACCAAAAGAAUUAGGGUUCAUUAGUGAUAAAAGCCAAAGGAGAUAUUUGCAUUUAGAAGGAAGCAAAAUUUUGUCUAAAAUUAAUUCAAUUGACUUUACUUAAAAAAGGCUUUACAUUUUUCACCCAAUUCAUACUCAACAUAAAGAGAUGCAUGCACCUCUAAUUGAAACCUAUUGCACAAAAUUUUGCUAAUUGAACUAUCCAUUAGAAUUGAUUUUUGAAGAAAACAUCUAAAUCCAGCAGAUGAAAUUCUUUAUACACUGUCUGUAUAUGAAAUAAAAACAUGUCUUAUUCCAGAAGCAAGAGGGUAAUGCACUGAAUUAAAUGCACUAUAAAAAGAAAACAGGGUAGAGUUUUAGACACUAAAAAAUUGAAAGUUAAAUUACCGUCCCAUUAGGUCAACAUGAGUUUGCCUCCUAUGACAUUGCUAAUAUUUAAAUAGACCUUGGUUCUCUUAUUUGCAAUUUCAUAAAUUAAAAGCUCAGACCUAGAGACUGAGUCCAUAUCCUUGUCAUCCAGCUAGUUACAAGAGUUGUAUCCAAGAAAAUGUCUCAUGUGCUACAGAGAAAUCCAGCUGGGUACAGACAGGCUCAUGGUUUCGCAUAACUUUGAGAGCAUCUCAGAUUUAUACAUUCUUCUGUUGUAUCCAUUAGGUUUCCAUGAAUUACAAGGAUGGUGCUUAAGUUUUCACUUUGAAAAGUUGGUCCCCAUGUUAGACGGGACAGAAGAAACCAUGUGUGGGAGCUAUCAUUUCUGUGUCUCCUUUUCAGUCUCAGAAUUCUUUGUAUAAAUAAGGGUUAUCCUGGGCAUAAUUCAUUAGGCUAUACAAUCAACAUGCUUUCUUGUUUCUGUAAAAAAAAAUAUAUUACCAAAUACAUACAUUAAUGUGAUACAAGUAAAGUCUCAUUUACAUAAUCAACCAUGAGGCUCAGAUGUAGCUACCAUGUGGCUGAUGAAUGUGCCUAGGUAACUUCCUAUUUCUACUCCAAACUGCUGAUUGAUUUAUACAGUCAGAAACAUUUUUUUCAACUAUGAAAUUUCAGUAAUCUCAAAUUUUUUAAGCCACUUCAGGCAAAAAGAAAUUAUUCUUGUUAUUUUAUGUGCUUGUGUGUGUUUUGUGUUUGUUUUGCUGGGUUUUUGAAAUCAUACCAUCUUAUAAAGUAUUUCAAGCCAAAAAUAAGAAAAAAAAAUUGCACCUGUUCAAAUUUUCCCCCUUUUUGUCAUCAUAGUCUAUUUAUCGUUCUUAAGAGUCCAGUCUGGGGGGCUGGGAAUAUGGCCUAGU